CCCCCCGCUCAGCAGCCUAGCGCUCCCCCCGCUCAGCAGCCCAGCGCUCCCCCUGCCCAGCAGCCUAGCGCUCCCCCUGCCCAGCAGCCCAGCGCUCCCCCCGCCCAGCAGCCCAGCGCUCCCCCUGCCCAGCAGCCUAGCGCUCCUCCGGCCAAGCAGCCCAGCGCCCCGGUCCAGAAGCCGGUUGCUAGCUCUUCUGCCAAGGAGAGCACCAGCUCGGCCCGCGCCACCAGCACCAGCGCUAAGGAGAGCGAGACCCAGGAGACCGAGAAGCCGGCCAAGCCCACUGCCUCCCACGUCACUCCCUCCAACCCUGGCUCUAAGCUCGCUGUUCCCGGCAUGGGCGCCAUCGGCACCCUCGCCCUGGGCCUGUUCAUGCUGGCUUAG